UCGCGCAUGCGUAAAUCCCCGGCUUCUUCAGCGCGCGUGCGCAGCGCAGCGCCUCCCCCGCCCCUCGUUGCUGCCGCUGCUGCUGCAGCUGCUGUUGACUGACGGCCCGCGGUAGCGCUUCAGAGUUACUGGUUCAUUCUUGAGACUUAUCUACUCUAAGCCAUCCUCAUGGAUGAACUUCAGGAUGUUCAACUCACAGAGAUCAAACCACUUCUAAAUGAUAAGAAUGGCACACGAAACUUCCAGGACUUUGACUGCCAGGAACAUGACAUCGAAACACCCCAUGGUAUGGUCCACGUCACCAUAAGAGGCUUACCAAAAGGAAAUAGACCAGUUAUCCUGACAUACCAUGACAUUGGGCUCAACCAUAAAUCCUGUUUCAAUACCUUCUUCAACUUCGAGGAUAUGCAGGAGAUCACCCAGCACUUUGCUGUCUGCCACGUGGACGCCCCAGGCCAGCAAGAAGGGGCACCCUCCUUCCCAACAGGGUAUCAGUACCCCACCAUGGAUGAGCUAGCUGAAAUGCUGCCUCCUGUUCUUACACACUUAAGUCUGAAGGGCAUCAUUGGUAUUGGAGUUGGAGCAGGAGCCUACAUCCUCAGCCGAUUUGCACUCAAUCAUCCAGAGCUGGUAGAAGGUCUUGUGCUCAUUAACGUUGACCCGUGUGCUAAAGGCUGGAUUGAUUGGGCAGCUUCCAAACUCUCAGGCUUGACGACCAACAUCGUGGACAUAAUUUUGGCUCAUCACUUUGGGCAGGAGGAACUGCAGGCCAAUUUGGACCUCAUUCAAACCUACAGACUGCACAUUGCCCAAGACAUCAACCAAGAAAAUCUCCAGCUCUUCCUCGGUUCCUAUAAUGGACGCAGAGACCUGGAGAUUGAAAGACCUAUACUGGGCCAAAAUGAUAACAGGCUGAAAACAUUAAAGUGUUCUACUUUACUGGUGGUGGGGGACAAUUCACCUGCUGUGGAGGCCGUGGUUGAAUGUAAUUCUCGCCUCGACCCUAUAAAUACAACUUUGCUAAAGAUGGCAGACUGUGGAGGACUGCCCCAAGUAGUUCAGCCUGGGAAGCUCACCGAGGCCUUCAAGUACUUUUUGCAGGGAAUGGGCUACAUCCCGUAUGUGCAGCUCAGUCACCUCAGCAGCGAGUCAGUACCGUCUGCCAGCAUGACCCGGCUCGCCCGAUCACGAACCCACUCCACCUCGAGUAGCAUUGGCUCUGGAGAAAGUCCCUUUAGCAGGUCUGUGACCAGCAAUCAGUCAGAUGGAACUCAAGAAUCCUGUGAGUCCCCUGAUGUCCUGGACAGACACCAGACCAUGGAGGUGUCUUGCUAAGCAGAUGCUACUCCCUGGACCAUGCAAGUCCCUCCUCCUUGAAAUGACCACUCCAUAAUAGAACAUUUCAUCCUGUCAGCUGGCCUCCACUUUCACUCAUGCAUGGCCACAGAACCUUUCUCUAAUAGCCUGGACUUCCCAUUCUCUCCACACACCCCUUUUUGUAUAUACCAAGAACCACACCCAUGCCAUUACUGUAACAUUCCAAAUCUUGAUCCGAUCUGAUCUCCAUAUCUUCUCUUGCCAGCCUUUCCCUAUGCUCCCUCAAAUAUGUACGUGACGAGAUUCUUUGAUUCCCAACUCCAUGUGUGUGCGAGCACGCGUGUCUGUGUCUGUGUGUGCAUAGUUCUGUGAUUUUAGACAUGCUUUCUUGUAGCGCUUCUGCAAAGGGACUUUUUUGCAUUCUCAGUGGCAUUUUAAAGGGAAAUAUGCAGAGCAGAUAUCUGGAUGGCUUGGACCACAAGAUUGGAUUUUGGUUCCACUUGGACAAUAUUUGCAGUGAUUUCAGGAAAGAGCAGGUCUGAGGGAUGUGGGGACUGUAGUUACUGUGUGGACCAUUGAUUAGCUGUGACCAGUAAGAGUCACCUGUUACACAGAUAGGCAAGGUGGCAGUCACCUUCCUUGUCCAAGUGGAUUCAUACGUACCAUUGUAUAAGUCAGAAGGAGGGAUCUGAAACCCAUAAAUGAUGUCUGUACACCAUGGAGUUUUCUCCAAAGAAUUGGCCUAAGCUCUAGAUCAGCCAAGGAAGAUGGAAAACAAAACACCAGGCUCCACUCUGCAGACAGAAGUGCUGUCCCUGUAGCAUCUGAUACCACUUCCCAGACACCCACACAUCUGCAGGAAGUGCCUCCCAGGUCUGGAUGGAGAGUGGUUCUCCAUCCCUCUGUCCCAUAGAAGGGGACAGCAUGAUUUAAAAUGACAUCGAUGGUGAGGGUCUUAAUGGGGUAGAGGAGAAAUCAUUAACACAUUACCAUGAUAAGUAUGUGUAGCCUAGGUUUCAACAAACAUUAAUGGAAACCAAGUCACACUGAAGUGGAACCCAUUUCUGGGAAAGUUUUAAGCGUGCAGUGUCCCUUUAUAGGAGGGAAGGGGACAAUCUCAGGGCAGCCCUGUCCAAGUUGUCGUGAGGGAUCAUACCAGCCAGGGAGACCCUCUGGAAGGAAGCUGCCACACAGCAAGGACUCUUCUCUUGGAAGUAUCCAGAUGUGAGCCCAGCCAGGAUCAUGUGGUUCCAAAUCUGAGGAAGAGGUUUUUCACACACGCCUUGCUUUCUGCUAAGAUAAGGAAGGUGUCACUCUGCCAGAGUGUGACUUUUUACAGAUUAAAUAAAGCUGUAUAUGUCUCAUUGUU